ACCAGGAAGGGGGGGGACACACUUUGCUUUUCCUCCCCAGCCGGGAGCUGGGGGUCGGAGGUGAGGGGGGAAGAGGUGGAAGAAAGGGAAAUCCUCGGCUGUUUUCCCAUUGGAGCGCAGCUUUCCCCGGCCGACGUCGCCCACCGACACCAUGGAGCUUUUUGGGAGCUUCGUCCGGCCCCGUGGAGAGACUUUGGGGUUCCCAGCUCGGCCCGGCAACACCGGGACGGUGAAGACCUUGGGCAACACCUAUCAGUUCACGGUGGACGUCUGUGAUUUCGCCCCCGAAGACAUCAUCGUCACCACUUCCAACAACCAAAUCGAGGUGCACGCCGAGAAGCUGGCUCCAGACGGCACCGUCAUGAACACCUUCACCCACAAAUGCCAACUGCCCGAGGACGUGGACCCCACGUCGGUGUCGUCCUCGCUGGGGGACGAUGGCACGUUGACCAUCCGGGCUCAGCGACAGCCCGCCAAGCACACCGAACACGUCCAGCAAACCUACCGGACUGAGAUCAAGAUCUGAGGGGUCCGGGGUGUGUGUGUGUGUGUGUGUGUCCCUUUUCCUCCCCUUCCUCGUUAAUUCUUUGGGUGAUUUGGGAAGGAGGUGGGACGCGGGGUUAGGGGACGGGAAUGCUCCCCCCUCAGGGUCAGACCCGUGCCAAGGGGCUGGCGUGGAGAGAUGCAUCCCGUCACCCACCGGAGAAAUUCCAGAGGGGAGUCCUGGCUCCGGUGGUAUUUAGCCAGUGAGGGUUGAUGGGGAAGAUCCGGCGUAACAAGAGCCCCGCUGGAGCGAGGUUCCCUUCCCCGUCCCUCCGCCGCAGCUUGUCUCUGUAUAUACAGCUUGUGAUAAAUUAUUGAGAACGCCUGA